GCGAUCAGCAGCAGUGACGUGACGAGAAGAAAAGAAGAGAGGGUAGAAAACAAACUCGUGUCUCGUAGUGCCGACUCAUCGAGCGCGUGUUGUGUGCUGGGCUGCUUAGUUGCCUGGGAACUUAAGUUACGUCCAGCCCAGCCUUGAUAAAACCAGCCUCCAAGCAAAGUACAUGAGCGCUGGCCGCUUAGUUUCGACCGACACACGCUAAAUCCGAUCACUGCAAAAGGACGACGAAAGCGAGGCAAGCGUCGUUACAACUCCAAAUCCGCCCGGGGCUUUCAGCUGCGUUAUACGCUCAAUUUAUAUUUCACUUUCGAUACUCUUAUUAUACCAAGUUAUCUUAAUCUUUGUUCAAGAUGAUUAUUACAUUAAAAAAUCUUCAACAACAAACUUUUACCAUUGAAAUCGAUCCUUCGAAAACAGUUAAGGACCUUAAGGAUAAAAUUGAAGCACAAAAAGGAUUUCCUGCAUUGCAUCAAAAAUUAAUUUACGCAGGAAAAAUAUUAAAUGAUGAACACCCUUUAACCGAAUACAAUAUCGAUGAGAAAAAAUUUAUUGUCGUUAUGGUCUCCAAGCCAAAGUUUUUUGCAGCUCCAAGUACAAGUAGUGAAAAAAAAAUUGACAAGGAAACUACCAAGAGUACAGAGCCAGCUCCUAAAGCUACCCCAGUAACUACAACAAGUACUUCACAAUCUACCAGUUCAACUCCAUUGGUGCAAACUACUGCACCCAGUAAACCAGCUGAACAAGCUCAAGAAAUACCAGCAGAAACUGGUGCUGCUAGCACCCAACCAGAAAGUGCUUUAUUAAUGGGUGAAGAAUAUAAUAAGAUGGUUAAUAAUAUUGUAGAUAUGGGGUAUGAAAGAGAGCAAGUUGAACAAGCACUAAGGGCUAGCUUUAACAACCCUGAUAGAGCUGUAGAAUAUUUAUUAACGGGUAUACCUGCUCAACUUUUUGAAGAUCCUCCAGAAGAAGCUGCUGAACCACAAGAAUCACUUUCAGAAUCUAACCAAGAUCCUUUAGCUUUUUUGCGUUCUCAGCCUCAGUUUCAACAAAUGAGACAAGUUAUUCAGCAAAAUCCACAAUUAUUAAAUCCUGUUCUUCAACAAAUCGGACAGACUAAUCCUGCACUUUUACAGCUUAUAUCACAGAAUCAAGAAGCUUUUGUGCGAAUGCUUAAUGAACCUGUUGGAGCCAGUGGGGGUGGUGGUAAUAUUCCUGCUUCUGCUGCAUCAACUCCAGCAAUAAAUUCAGGUUCACUAGGAGGAAACGCAGGUGCAGGCGUAGGUACGGGUCCUGGUAUAAUACAAAUUACGCCACAAGAUAAAGAAGCUAUUGAAAGACUGAAAUCGCUUGGGUUUCCAGAAGACCUUGUUGUGCAAGCAUAUUUUGCGUGCGAAAAGAAUGAAAAUCUUGCCGCCAAUUUCCUGCUGUCACAAAAUCUUGAUGAUUGAGUAGCGCAAAUUGAUAAAUUAACAAACGGUACCUUCAAAGGUGAAGCGAUUUCAUUGUUAUUGCUGGCCCGAGUUCACUCCCUAUUUGUCAUACUAAUUGACAAAUAACAAUUUAUCACCAAAAAAAUUAUACCUUUUAUUUUUAAUGCAGAUUGUCAGUAGUGGGAGAUAUCGAUUUAUCAGUGUUAUCCAAACCAAUUUUUACAUUAGCUUCAUUGAACAUUCGCUUUGUUUUAUGUCAGAAAUAAUAAUUGUUAUAUGAACAGGCAAUAUUAAUUCAAAAGCCUAGUUAUUAAAAUCUGAAAAUGGUAAGCAAUGAGAAUGCAAGAACAUAAAGAUUUUAUAUGCAUGUCAUCUUUAAAUACAUUAAAUUUGUUUUAUAUUUGAAACUACGGAUGGACAUACAAUAUUUGUACAUAUGUGCAUGUGUAUUCAUCUUGCAUUCUCAUAAGCUAUCACUACUGAUGUUUAAAUAAAAAUACAUUAAAUUUGCAGUAUGAAUUGUGCAUCGACGUACUUAUGUAAGGCUAUGCAAUUGUUUAUAUGAAAUACUGCAAAAAUAUUUUCUAUGCCAUUUAAUAUUUACUCAAUAAGACAUUAUAUGGAUUUUUCAUUUGAUUCAAAAUUGAUUGAUAAAUUAAGUGCUAUUAUUUUUAUAAAAUUUUCAUGAAAACAAAUUUAAUAGCAGUUGCUGAUUAGCUUCAUGUACAUUAGAUACUUGAUAUUACAACGGCUGAAACACUGAAGAUUUCCAUGCAAAGACUGACCUGACAUCAAACAAUUGAAGUUUGGAGUAUGGAUAACAGGACCUUAAGUCAAUUCUUAUUUAAUUACCUCUACAUACUGACUAUUGGUUUUAAUAUUUUGCUUUAUCUUAAUGGUCAACAAGGUAUAACUCACUUUUGUAUCAUAUUUUUGAAAUGGUUGAAUAUUUGAUCAUAAAUUGAACAUGUUUGGAAAUUGAAUUGUGUAAAAUUUGUUUAAUACAUCAUAUUGAAUCAGAAAAUAUAAUAU